AUGGGCAAGCCUAAUGCAAGGUCAGAUGCAUCAGAAUCAAAGUUGCAUCUCAAGUUCGAUAAGAAGGAACUAUUUUAUGCCAAGGUGAAAUAUUCCGCCGCUUCUUUGGCUGCUCAAAAGUCUAUUGCUAAGAAGAAGAGUAAACAAGAAAGGCGACAGGAAAAGAAAUUGAAGGCAUAUAGCCUCUCUUCUCUUUUAGAAACCCUUCCGGAGUUGAAGGAACAGUUGAAGGCACCACUGAAACCACAAGAGGCUAACUUCAAGCUUAAUUGUAAAAAUAGACAGAAAUUAGUAUUGGAAGAAGGAAAAAAUUUGUCUGAGAUUUUUAAGAAUCAUUCCUUCCAAACGAAUCCCUUAGCUGCCAUUCAUCAACACUUAAGGAACAAACAACCAGUACCAGUAGUAGAGGAACAACAACCCAAGAAAAAAGCAAAUGUAAAUGGGUCGAGAAAGAGGAAGAUGAAGAAAGCUCGGGCUGGAGUGCAGUCUAUGGAUAUGCUAUAA